CACAACAACAACCACUCCAUCAACACGUUUUGGCAGCCCAUGCUUCUUUCCUGGUCAGCAGGCGUGUGUAUGCUUUGUGACCAUACUCCAACCACCUAGACCCAAUUUCAGGGCAGAUAUCAAGCUGCGCAAGCAGUAACUCUUCAUCAUGGCACCGGUACGUCUCUUUGGCAUUGUUCCCAGUGAGCGCGCGGAAGCAGACUCGAAGUCGGCCACCAAAAUCUUUCUGCCGCCUCCUCAGCGGUGUGUGCGAUGGCCUCUCUACAACUCAUGGCUUGGCAUGUUGUCACCCACACCAUGCCUUUUCCCCUAUAUUGGCCUUUCGCAAUCUCUCUCUUCUUCCUCCUGUCUACCAGCACAAAAUCAUGGCACCGAAGAAUUUCUCCUGUCUCUUCUGUGGCCGUGAGUACACCAAUGACACGUCUGUCUACCGACAUUGCCGCGACCACCACCAGGACCUCGUUGGCAACGUCAGUAGCGAGAAGAACUGGGCUGUGCCCAUCCAGCGUGGACCCGCUGGACCGCCUCCUCCGCCUCCUCCCCCUCCACCACAACCACAGACUCCUCCUCCAGCAUCUCCUUCUCCUCCACCUCCACGAGCACCACCAUCACCAUCACCACCACCUCCCACGACGCCCGCCGCGCCGCCAUCCGCGCCGCCAUCAGAGGUCGGUGUCUGGUUUCCGGACGAGGACUUUUUGCUUGGGCUGGUGGCAGAUUUGCCACGCAUCCGCUCGCCCUCUCCUCCCUCCUUUUCUCGCCGUGUGCCCCUCUCUCCCCAGGAGGUCGUUCCCGCCCCUUUGGUUCCCGCGUCCUCUCCGAGGGCACCUCCCGCUUCUCGGGAUCUUUACCCGGGCGAAAGCUCUGUUGACAACGUACUGAUGCGGUUGGGUUAUGCAGCUCCGCUCCUCGAGAACAACCCGCAACCAAGACGGGGUGGCGCGUCGAGGCGCCAAUGACUUCGACCCGACCGAGGGUCUCCCCGUGCGCAAGUACCAACUUGCGACGGUUCGCGUCAACCAAGAGGCAAACGACGAUCCUGUCGACGCUGGUCGAGAGGACCAGAACAAGGACGAGAACUUGUUCAGCAAGGAGCUCCCCCUUCCGAGUUUUUUCAAGCAGCUCCCAGAGCUCAAUCAGAAGCUCGUGCGCAAGGCCCGCAUGGCCAAUCCCAACUUCACUCCGCCUAUCUGGGACUACAAGAAGGAGGAGUGGGUGCGGCCCAACGAGGCAGAGGGGCGAGGCAACAAUCGACAAGACCCGACCGAAGAAGCAGGUAACCAAGACGGCGAGGACGAAGACCUUCUUGACGCCGAGGGCAUGCUCGAGAAGCGACGCAAGACCGGUGCCUCGACCGAAGGUCGCUUCUUCGAGAUCAAGAAAUGGGUGCCUAUCCCACAAGCCAUUGCGGAAAAGAUGUCUGAGCCAAAGUACCUCGCAGACCGACGGCCAGGCAUGCAGAGUCUCUAUGGCGGCGCGUACAAGGCGACGAACGGAUAUGGAACCUUAGGGCCCAUGCCUGCGGCCGGUGCUGGAAGCACGGGAUACGAUCUGGGCGACGGUGCAGGUUUGGGCAAUGCAAGUGGUUUGACAAGUGCUGCACCAGCCACCCCAGUGAGAAGAAAUAUGCCACCAAUCCGCAAGUCUAAGAAGCGCAAGGGCGGACCUGGGCGAAGAAAGGCUGUGCCUGUGGAUCUCGCACCGGAAGGAAGUACUGUUGCUGAGACAGAGACGCCACCUGUUGGUCCUGAGAGCGAUGGCGAAGGCAGUGAGGAGGGUGAGGUCGUCGAGCAGGGUGAAGCGGAAGCGGAAGCAGAAGCAUCAGCUCCUGCAUCUGUUCCUCCGACUGCAACUGAACCUGAACAGAGUGGUGUGGAAGAGAUUGUUGCUCCGGCUAUUUCUACUGCUACUGCUGGUGAUCCUGUCACGGCUACAACUACGGCGGAACCUACAACUGCUGCUGACAUCAAGACUCCUGACGAACUCACGACUACUGAUCAACUGACGGCUACUGCUGACUUCUCGGAUGUUGAAUCGGAAACGGACAUCCACGUACCUGCUUUUAACGUCAAGGAGCUUGCUGGAUUCACGGUUCCUGCUGAAACUACGGCUACGGCUAUCUCAACUGAAACUGCUACGGCCAAGGAUGGUGUGAAAGAAGAAGCAGAGAUCGACUUGCUUGGUGGUCUGGAAGCUGCCCUUGAGAAGGAGGCGAAUGAAGCCGAGUAGGCAUCCACAAUUGUCCUGGAGAUUUUGAAAGCACACGAAGCCUAUCAGGCAUUUCGAGGUGUUAAUAUUGAGUGGCAGAAAUGGAUGCAUUGCAGCUUUCAGCCUCCCCUGAGAAGACAGCAGAUGAAACCGAAAAUCACAUCAAUCCGAACACCACAUCAAUCCGAACAUCGGGUCAACUCGAACAUCAGAUGAGUUCAAACAUCAUGUCAACCCGAACAUCAGAUGAAUUCAACCAUCACAUCAACCCGAACAUCAGAUGAAUCAAAACAUCACAUCAACCCGAACCUCAGAUGAAUCAAAA